AUGCAGGUAUUUCGAGCCCUAUUGCCUUGGCACCCAUGGCGUUCGGUUCUUGUGCUGCGUUGGCUGCCGCAGUCAGCGGGGCAGGUGGUUUUGGCUUCAUUCCGGCAGGCAAGUGCCAAGCCUAGAUUAGGGACUCGGAAAUCCAUUAACACAGAGUCCGUGACGAUACCAGGCUUAGACGAUGCAGAAAAAAUCAGAGAAAACCUGCGCAGCGUCCGGAAGUCCCUCUCCAUUCCGGACGGCGAAGUGAUUCCAGUUGGUGUUGGGUUUAUCAACUGGAUCCUGGAUAUUACAGAGGCGUUAGAUGAGCCUCUGAUUCAUGUUGCACUGGCCGAGAAGCCUAAGGCGCUAUGGUUUGCAUUCGGUCCUAAUAUGGGAAGACAUAUCCAGUCUGUACGAGACUAUGAUGCGAAGCGUAGCGAUGGACAUAAGACGCUGGUCUUCGCGAUUGUCAGCAGCGUAGAGAUGGCCCUGAAGGCCGCAAACGAGUGGGGUGUCGAUGUAUUGGUGGCCCAAGGUAUCGAAGCUGGAGGACAUGGCGCUACAUACGCGCCACCUCUGUUCUCGCUUCUCCCGGCGAUCCUUGCGGCCUUUCCACCGGGUCAAGGUCCACUAGUGAUCGGCGCCGGAGGUGUGUCGACCGGGGCACAAGUAGCAGCUCUCCUCACUCUUGGAGCCUCGGGAGCAGCAGUCGGGACACGAUUCUUGUUUACUCCGGAGUCUAUCUAUACUGACGACAUGAAAGCCGAGUUGGUGAAAGCUGAUUUCGGGGCGACGGCGAGAGGCAUGAUGUUCGACGAGGUCAUGGCUGUACCGGGGUGCAAUUGGCCUGAGAACCACGACGGAAGAGCUCUGUCCAACGAAAUCGUCACUGACAGCCAGAAAGGGUUGAGCCUGGAUGAGAGGCAGAGACUCUUCAACGAAGCAACCACCAAGGGAGAGGUGGGCCGCACAGUCAUGUGGGCUGGCGUCGGCGUCGGCCUCACGAAAGAGAUUAAACCUGCAGCGGAGGUUGUCAUGGAAUUGCAUACAGACACUAUCAAAUCCCUGAUGGCCACUCCCAAGAUAUCAAGCUAA